AAUUCAUCGAUCCUUUUCAGUCUUCUUGUUUUGUUGCACAUAUCACCUUUCAAAAUGGCAGUGAAUGCCAUUUUCCCACAUCUUUCAAUGAUUGAAUAUUUUAAUGCGUAGCUCUGCCCACUCUAACUACGAUUGAACAUUUCGAACAAUAUGAAAAAUGCUCCAAUUCUGGAAAAAAUCGGGAUCUAAAGAGACUUCCAAAUCAAAUCCACCGUCCCCUGUGAGGUCCCCGUGCUCCCUGGACAGCCCCACUCAAAUCAAUGGUGAUACAGGUGUGCCCAAUGGGUUGGGCACAUCCCUAUCUCUUUUGGAAGAUGAUGAGCCAAACCAAACAGAAGACUUGGAACGAUUACAACAAUCUCGAUCUCGAUUGUCAAUGUCAUUAGCAGAAGUUAUUGCUGACAAGGGUGCUCUAGGAUAUUUUAUUCAGUAUUUAGAGGCUCGUUCUGUUGGUGGGCUGAUUCGUUUUUAUUUGGAUGUUGAGUGUUUCCGCUCUGCGGCUCAUGAGGAUGCUAGGACAUCACAAACUAACCAGCACCAAUUGAACUCUAGCAAUGAGCACAGAAGCAAUGCAGGUUCCGGCUGUGACAGUUUGAACUCAUCCUCAUUCCUCAAUGAAACAGAAGAUGAAAACUCAGCAAAAGCCAAAGAAAAUGUUUUGCAGGCAAAUAGUAAUGUUUAUGGUUGUGCCUCUGUGCAUAGUGAUGCUGUGAGAAUAUUUGAAAAGUAUUUGGGCUUGAACGCUCCAUUACCUGUACCUAUUGAAGAAGACAUCAGAAAUUCUGUUGCCCUGGCUCUCUGUCGUCAAGGCUUUUUAGAUCCAGACUGUUUUAGCUCAGCUCAAAUUGUAUGUUAUGAAAUAAUGGAGGAAGACUAUUUUAAUGAAUUCUUGAGGAGUGACUUUUAUUGUAAACAUCAAAUUGAUGUAUUAACUAGUGGUGAUGUUGGUCUGAUGGAUAUUCUUUUCAACCAAACAUCUCUGUUUUAUUUUAUGGAGUUUAUGGAACAAGAGGGCCCAAGAGCGUUACUAGAAUUUUGGUUAGCAGCUCAUAACUUUUCCAGUCAGUUAGAAGGGGAGGGCUCCUCAAAAAAUAUUGAGCAAGCUCAAAGUGAUGCCAUAGUCCUUUAUGAAAAAUACUUUUCUCUUCAAGCAACAUGUCCCCUAGGUUUUAGUGAUAAAAUCAGAGUAGAAAUUGAACAUAAUAUUUGUUGUGAAGAUGGACCUCCACCUGAUUGUUUCAGCAAGCCACUGAGAAUUGUAUUAAGAUUUCUCAACAAGAACUACCUUAGGCCGUUUUUAGAGUCACAGCUUUACUUGAAAUAUCUCUCAGAACUUGUGAAUACAAUUCAAGCCACCAAAAAUGGUUCUGAUUGCGGUAGUGAUGUUGGUAGUAUGCCGCCUCAGAAUACAAACACAUUACUUGCCGGCGGAGAUUCAACUCUAUCCCGAAAGCUUUUAAGAAAUAUGGAACAACAAAACCUUAGCAUCGACUCUAGACAAUUGUAUGACCCAGAUUCUCUUUGGAGAAGAAGGCAUCACAGUGGUUUAAGUUUUGGCCGAAUUAAUGAGCUAGGCAGAUUUGAAACGGAAGUUGAACCAGAACCUGAUAAGAAAAGUGAAUCUCGAAUAACUCGGGCUAUGAAAAAGUUAGUGCACUUGGAUGAAGAUAAGGCUAAAGAAGAAAUGGCUUGGCAGAUUGCUGAAAUGAUUGUAAAGGAUGUAACAAGUCUUACCUUACAAGAAGAUCCUUCUUCAUAAAGUCAGGUUCCCACGAGCAUUGAAACGGAAGAGUCUUUAUAAUUUGCCAAAUUGACAAAAAAAAAGUCAACCUAACUGCAGGAUAAUAUGUGUAUGUUAUUGAGUUAAAUUUAUGACAAUUUUAUGAUCUAUAGUUAUCUGUUAUGUUAUAAUUUCAGAAUCUAUUUGCAUGUGAUACAAAAAUGUUUUGUUUUACGCUUCUUUCUGUCUAUCGCUCAAGUUUGAACCUACGCAUCAAAUGUUUUGAUUCAAAAAGAAAAGAAUAAUUGAGCUUGGAGAAAAGACAAAUAGAGGUCGUGACAUCAAAGAGGUCACACCUUUGUAACAAUCGUGAUUGCAAGUACCAUCUAAGACAAGAAAUAGUUUUUAAUGUGCAAUAUUACCUUGCUUGCUUCAGUAGCAAUUUUUAAAACAAAUUUAUGUUGUUGAAGUAACUUUGAAAAUGGUAUUGGUGUCCUAUGUCUCAACUACCUAUUAUGUAAAUUCAAGUAACUAAUUGGGCUGUGAUAUGAUGUGCUGUCAUGAUGUUGCCCACUGUGAUGCAUUGCACAUUCAUCAGAAGUUAGAGUUUUUAUUUAAUAAGGAAUUAGAACAAAUUUGCUUUGGUAUCUAUUGACUUAAGAUAUCAAAGGAGGCAUCUCUACUUUUGUACAAUUGAAGUAAUCACCAGUAGUAUUUGUGAGUCUAUGUAUUGUACAUGAAUUUGUCACUUGUUCAUUGUGCAAUGUGAAUUAUAUAUGUUGAUGUAAUUGUUUA